AUGCAGACACCGGUCAACGUAUUCGGGCGUCUCCGGAAGGACACCGUAGUCGAAAGUGGAGCCGACACAGUGUUGGAACUGAUCCCAGCUGACGCGAUGAUUGACGGUGACGAAAUCGAGGUGGUCGAUGAGUUCGUGUAUUUGGGAUCACUGGUGACCGCCGAAAAUGAUACCAGCAGAGAAAUUCAAAGACGCAUUAGGGCAAGGAAUCGUGUCUACUUUGGACUCCGAAGGACGCUCCGGUCGAAUAAAAUUUGCCCCGGCACGAAGUUGACUGUCUACAAGACGCUGAUUAAACCGGUGGUCCUCUACGGCCACGAGACCUGGACUAUGCUGGUGGAGGAUGUUGUUUUCGAACGGAAGGUGUUGCGUACCAUCUACGGUGGAGUGCAGAUGAAUGACGGAACGUGGAGGAGGCGAAUGAACCACGAAUUGCACCAGCUGCUGGGAGAACCAUCCAUCGUCCACAUUGCAAAAAUUGGGCGGCUACGGUGGGAUGGGCACGUCGAACAAGAAGAAGAGGCGCGAAGCAGGCAAGGUAGAUUGACCAAGUAG